UGAGGUUCUAAUUUUGGUUUUCAUGUGAGAGAGAGCGCCACUUCCGAAAACAUUUGAAAUUUGCAGACAUGGCUGCUUCUCUGGUAACAUGCCUUCUUAUUCACCCUCCCAAAUCACAGGCCAUAUCAUCAUCUCUUUCGUCGUCUUCGCUUCCCCGGGUCUAUCUCUUUCUUCUUCUAGGAAGAAUCAAUCAUAUAGGACGUGGGGGUGCGAGAGAAAUUAGGUAUGACUGUCAAAGUAAACUCAGUGAGUGUUACUCGCUUCGGGAAGAAGAGGACAGCCGAUGCAAUUGUCGGACAGGACUCUCAUCUGCAGCAUUCCCCCGCCAAGAAGAGAUCCCCUCUCGAUGGGAUUUCCAAUUUAAUUAGUACUCAUACGGCUGUACGUGAAAUUGAAGCAGCGAAGUUCGAUGAUUCUGAGAUGUGCGAUGGUUAUGUAACUGAAAUCUACGAUUAUCUUCAUAACAUGGAGAAAGAGGCAAAGAGAAGGCCGCUGCAAGACUAUAUCGACAAGGUGCAGAAAGAUGUGACUGCAAACAUGAGAGGGGUUUUGGUGGAUUGGUUGGUGGAGGUUGCAGAAGAAUACAAGCUUCAAUCCGAUACACUUUUUCUCUCAAUCACCUACAUUGACAGAUUCUUGUCUCUUAAUCCUCUCAAUAAGCAGAGGCUGCAGUUGCUUGGCGUUUCUUCAAUGUCGAUUGCAUCAAAGUUUCAAGAGAUUAAUCCUCCAACACUUGAUGACUUCUGCUACAUCACAGAUAACACUUACAAAAAGGAAGAGGUGGUGAAGAUGGAAGCCGACAUACUUAUGUCUCUUAAAUUCGAAGUCAGCAGUCCAACCAUUAAUACCUUCUUGAGAAGAUUCUCCAGGAUUUCUGAACAGGAUCGCAAAUAUCCUGAUUUGGAGUUUGAGUUAUUGGGAUGCUACUUGGCAGAGUUGAGUUUGCUGGACUAUGGCUGUGUCAAGUUCUUGCCAUCCAUGAUUGCUUCUUCUGUUGUGUUCCUUUCCAGGUUUAUGUUCCACCCUGAUAAACAUCCAUGGAAUGCAAACCUUGAAAGGUUUUCGGGAUACAAACCUGCCGAUUUACAGGAAUGUGUUCUUCUUAUACAAGACUUGCAGUUGGGUAAAAGAGGAGCCUCCUUGGUAGCAGUCAGAGACAAAUACAACCAGCAUAAGUUCAAAUAUGUUGGCUUGAUGAAGGGCCCUCUUCAAAUACCCAAUUUAUACUUUGAAGGUUAAAGAACGUUUGAUUCUUGUUUUCCCCAAAUUGGAUUCUGUCUAUCUAUCCGGUGGCAUAAGCUGACCUGAAUGACCCACGAUCAGACAAGCCAUUUCAAGGAAAACUUUAGGUGUUAAAUUAGUGUUUUGUUCAAAAUAUCCAAAUUUUUUUUUGGCUAAUGUCUUAGUUUGUACCUAGAAAGUUUAAUAGUUUAGUUUAUAAAAAAAUCAUUC